AUGGCAGUCGGACGUUUAUUAUUCCUUAUUGUGACCUGCUUCCUCGUCUCGGUAAGGAGCACUACGACUCCCCCCACCCUGGUCAUCCAGGACAGCUCCGGCCAAAACUACACCGUUGAUCAGCGUCUGCAACAUUACAACAUCCCCGGAUUAAGCCUGGCCGUCAUCGUCAACCGCACCGUCGCAUGGGCUCAAGCCUACGGUCUCGCGGACACUGCCACCUCACGACCGGUUACCACCGAAACACUGUUCCAAGCGGCUUCCAUGAGCAAACCCAUGGCGGCGUUCGCAGCACUGCAUUUCGUGGAGACCGGGCAACUGUCGCUAGACAACGACAUCAACGGGUAUCUGAACGCCGAUUGGUUGGUUCCGAAUAGCAGCUACACGACGACGGAGAAGGUUACCCUACGCCGAUUAACGUCGCACACCGCGGGACUGACCGUCCACGGGUUCUAUGGGUAUCCCCGCGGUAAUACCGUGCCGACGGUUGUCCAGGUUCUUCAAGGCACGAACCCGCCAGCGAACUCUCCGAAAGUGGAGUCCUUCGCGGUUCCCGGGACGAAAUGGCAGUACUCUGGUGGUGGAUACACGGUAAUGCAGAAAGCCAUGGUCGACCGGGUUGGAAAACCGUUCCCGCAGAUUAUGAACGAGGAGGUCUUCGGGAAACUGGGGAUGACACUCAGUACCUACGAGCAGCCGCUCCCGGCAGCCCGGGAACCCGAAGCCGCUACCGGGUACCGCGAAAACAAAGUGGAAGUAGUCGGGAAGUGGCACACCUACCCAGAGAUGGCGGCUGCCGGGAUGUGGACGACCCCGUCAGACUAUGCACGGUACAUCAUCGAGGUGCAGAAUUCGCUUCAUGGAACUUCGAACAAAGUUAUUUCCGCGGCGAUGACAAGAGAAAUGUUGACACCGGGACUUGGGAGCUACGGACUGGGACCCGGGACCAUCGGCAAUACCACAGACAUGUUCGAGCAUGGAGGGGCAAACGAGGGCUUCCGGUGCCACUUUAUGGCGUCCGCGGUGGCUGGGAACGGGUACGUCAUUAUGACCAACUCGGAUGAUGGUGGAAAGAUCGUCCCGGAGGUGGCGGAGAGUAUCGAUCGCCUGAUCGGGGCCAACUGGCCACGACCGCCGGAUGCCGACAACGGAGUACGCCGGAUGAUCGGUGCUGGCGUUGGGAUGAUACUUAUAAGUGUGUUGCUGCAGUUGGUUAUCGAGCGUGUCUGA